UUAAAUCCAUUUAGUGUUUUGAUUAUUCCUGCAGCUUAAAUUUGUGUAUAUCAGCUGUUGAUUAAAUAGUGCAGUUGUUAAAGGAUAAUGAACAUUUCACAUAGUUAUUUGUUCCCAGUUUUAGUUAAUAGGAGUUAAUAUAUACACAAGUGCUGAUGAUUCUGUGAAUAAAACUAAACAACAUAACCAAUCUAUGAUGGCUCAGUUCCAAAACACCCCUCAGGAAUUCAUAAAAGAUACAUUUAGUCCUCAAAUUGGUGUUCUCUGUAGUCAGAAUGCAGAGGAGAUAUGUAGGAAAAACAAUCUGUCCUUUAUUGAGUUGGUUCAGCCCUUUUGCAAGUUAAAUAGUGAAGUGCGAUACAGGGAUCCAAAUGGGGCUAUAGUCUCAUUAAGGAACUUAAAAGUGUCAAUGUUGGAUAUUAAUGCAAAACCUCCAAUACCAGCAAUAGCUAGAAAGUUUCUAAACCUUAGUGUAAGUGAAGCUCCCUGUCCUAGACCUUUCCAAUACAAUGCUGGAGAUCAUGAACUUACUAUACCAAGUAGUGCUCCAUGGUUUGAAACCUGGAGAGAAACGUUUUUCCAAGUCCAAUAUCCAGCCGAUCAUGAAUUCACAAAGCACUUUGUUGCCUGUGUCCUUGUUGUUGCUUCCUCAGAUACAAAUCCCAUUGAUUCCUUGCACCAACUUAGCCAAUCUUUGAAUCACAUGCAAACAGUUUCUAUUGCUAAGUUGCCCAAGUGGUUUAACAACAAUGUACUUCGAUACUAUGUUAUCUUACAUGAAACCAUUGACACAGAUCACAUAAGAAUCAAUGAUAUAUAUGAGUCAAUGAAGGGGACCUAUGGGAAUGGAAAUUGCUUUCUAAUGAAAACAAACUCUAGAUCUCCUAAUGUAACAGGAGAACAGUUACCUGACCCAUGGUGCCAAUUUAUAAAUCAUAAUAUACAAUCGGCUUCUACAAUGAUAAUAACACCAGAGACUUCACCAAAUAUGAGCAGAGCUUUGACACAAUCACUUGAGAUGGGUCAAGAGGUUAUUGAGGAUGCAAAUAACAUAUUGAAUUAUCAUCCCUUGAGCCCAGAUGGUUCUGAGGAACAGGAAAUAGCUGAUAGCAUAAGUCAAAUGAAAAUAGAUGAGAAAAAAUCGGAAAUACCUGUAUUGCAUGGCGGUUGUUUGUCUACUGAAGAUGUGGAGCAAAUUAAAUUGUUUAUUCAUGACUUCUGCACUAGGGCUCUCUUGCCCUACAUCGAGAAACAGAUUCUGAAUCUUAGUGAUAUGAUAGCGAACAAAAAGGGUGUAAGCAAAUCCUUGUUCAGCGCCACCAAAAGAUGGUUUACUCCAAAUAAGCCAACAUCGAACAGUGCCACAAUAAAUACUUUAACGUAUCCUCAAGAUGCACCUGAAUUGCAUAUUAGGAAACUAGGAGAUUUAUACUUCAUGUUCGGAAAUUAUUCGAUGGCAUUUCAAGCAUAUCAUUCAGCCAAAAGAGAUUUUAUGGCGGAUCAGGCUUGGCUCUAUUAUGCAGGUGCAUUGGAAAUGGCAGCUUUAUCAGCGUUUAUGGGAAACGAGUCGUCCCGAAAAAGUUUUGAUUAUAUGGAAGAAAGUAUAAUAACAUAUCUGAAUACAUGCAAAAUGGCCCAAUUUGCAACAAGAGCAACUCUCUUGAGCACUGAAUGCUUAAGAGGUCAGAAUAUGCACGCCGAAGCUGCGAAUCAGUUAAUUCGCAUGACCAGCGAGGAAUCUGAUCUAAGGUCAGCCUUGUUAUUGGAACAGGCUUCCUACUGUUUUCUUCUUUGCACGAAACCAAAUAUGGUCAGAAAAUAUGCAUUCCACAUGGUUUUAGCCGGUCAUAGGUUUACAAAGGCCGCUCAAAGAAAGCAUUCUCUCAGAUGUUACAAACAAGCAUAUCAAAUAUAUGAAAACAAGGGAUGGAAUUUGGCUCAGGAUCAUAUAUACUAUACGAUAGGAUGUCUUGCAAAUAAUUUGAACGAACACGAGGAGGCCGUUCAAUCCUAUUCGAAGCUGCUAACCGGAGAAAGCAAGCAAUCGUCAGCACAACAAGCGAAAUUUUUGAAGGAAUAUUUAAAUAUUCACAAUGAAUUGUUAAAGAAGCAGAAUAAUCUGUUAACACAAGUUCUUCCAUUGCCUACGGUGCGCAACGAGACGAUUCGGAUUCUCGUUGGACCCGGAGUGCCUUUGCGUACACCAGGCAAAGUUCCAGCGAUUGGCAUCAAUCUUAAAAAUCAAGGAGACCUGGCGACACGGCAAAAGUGGAAUAAGUUAGAAGAGAUGCUAGUACAGGAAGCUCAGGGUUCUCUCCCGAUGAUUUUCAAACCCUUGGUCACUCUUUUUAAUAUGGAUAAUAUUAAUACCGUCAAUCCCAUAGCGAUAAUGGGAGAACCAAUCCAGGUGGCUGUGGAACUAGAGAACCCUCUGCAGAUAUUACUAAAUCUUAAAGACAUCUACCUCCUUUGGCAGUUCAAGGAUGACAAUAAUCGAUUUGCAGUUAACGAAAUCAUGGGACACAAUUUGGAUCACAUCAUGAAAACUCAAAUCGUCAAGUCCGUGGUUAUACAGGCUAACUCCACGGAAGAAGUUAUUUUAUCUAUUACUCCAAUGGCAGUUGGUAAUGUUUCUGUGAAAGGUAUAUGCUACAGCUUGAUCAGCUCGAACGCGGAGAAUGAAAUUGGACUUCGAGGGAAGCAAAUAUUCAACUUCAAAGGUCCCAAACAGAAGAAUAACUGCAGCGAUUCUAAUUUCGAAUUAAAAAUUGUACCAUCAGCGCCAUGUCUGCAGAUAAGUUUUGGGGAGAUGAACUCCGAGUUGUUGAGGAACGAACUACAAGAGAUAUCCGUUGAGCUUAGAAACGUUGGUAGUGUACCAUUGCACAAAGUAUAUUUAGCAACAGCAAUGCCGCAUCUGCUAUCGAGCUGUGAAUUCCAAAGCAAUGGUACCGAAUUUCUGGAUGCAGCUAGUAUUGAAACAACUGCGUCAAGGGAGAGAGAAGCCAGGAAAAACCACGUGUCUCAUCUCCCGUUGCCCAACGGUGUUCUGGAACCAGGACAGUAUUAUAAUGUGUUCAUUUGGUUAAAAGCCCCAGAAACAAUUGGGCCUGCGUUAAUCGAUUUAUUGAUCUAUUAUGAAAAUUUUAAUAGCAGUAGUAUACCUAGAUAUAGGUUGAUCAGGCAUAUGUGGAAUUUGCAUAUACAGGAGUCGAUAAGGGUGGAGGUGAACGCAAAGCAGAGUUGGAAUUCCAAAAAUAUUGAGCAAUUAGUUCUUACGAUAAAAGCUAUAAAUUUGAACAAAAUUCAUCACGCUGUUGUCACUGAAAUUACUUUGAUCAAGGUUGCUCUCCUCAGCCAGAACUGGAUUUUAUCUAAGGACGUGUCCAGUCCUAAAAAUAUUAAGUUGGAUACGCAAGAGUCGGUGAACAUAUUCAUGAAGAUCGAUAGGAAAGCCAGCAAAAUCAGCAAUUAUUCAGAAAUGUCAUUUAUUUCGACUAAGCAAAUGAACCAACAGUCGCAGUAUGCGUAUUUGGAUUUCGCCAAACGCAAUGAUCAAAGUAGGAUCAACAUAUUCGAUAAUAUCGAAUCGCUGGAUUCAUAUAAAAAGCAUGAUGGGACUUUGAUUUUGCGUUGGCAAGCUAUCAUUACGGACAGUGAGGGUCAAAAGAGGAUGAUCUCUGGACAGAAUCAUAUACCAGUUGACGUUACCACUGUGGAAGAAACUCUGGUUGAAGAUUGUCCAGCACCGAAUUAUUCAUUCGAAAGGAUCCCCAUUGAUUUACAAACAGAGGAAACCGAUAAAUUGGUGAAAUUAAACGACAAGCAAAUCACUUAUAACAUCGUUCAUCCACCAGUUGUCUGCCACAAUUUCGAUCAAAGCAAAUUAUGUAUUGUACCUCUUAACUUGCACUUGCAUAGCGUUUCUGAAACCCAGAUUGUAGUGAAAAUUUGUACAAUAGGUACUAGCAGUUCAUCUCCUAUGCCUCAUAGACCAGGCUUGUAUUAUCCAUUUUCCUCCACGCAAUUUCGCUGGAUAAAAACCGGGUCGAUUGUAAGAACAAUCGAGCCAUUUAGCUCUUUGAACAUACAAUUAUCAAUCGCUGCCUUAUGUCCUGGCACGUACGAUUUAGGAUCCAGAAUUGAGGUCUACUGUCACCAAGUAGAUCAACUGGAAACUGCUGUCCUUCAAUCAUGUCGCGUUCAAUCAUCGCUGAUCAUUACCGGUGGAAAUAGUUAAACUAUUGUAUCACCGAAUAUCCGGGCAAGUGGUGUGUUAUAUUUAGUUUCAACACUUGUUUCUGAAACACCGUUCAGAGAUGGAUAAAUCAAUUUUACUCAACAGAGUUUAAAAUAAUUAUUAGCUUUUUUUUUUCGUUUAAUUUUUAAGUCUGUAAAUAUCGACUUAUCUGUAAUCGUAUAUAUAUAUAUAAUAUAUAUUUCGUUUUCUAUC